CAGGUUAUGCUCAUGGUCUCUCUCUCCCCUUCUCUCUAUUGGUUCUAUAUAAAUGUCUUCACAUGUUCACAGCGUCCCUCGCCCUUCUGAAACACUCUCAAUUCAUGAUUCUCUUUAAAUCUCACUAACAAUUUAACCACCAGUCCACCCUUUUUCUCUUCUCAAUUUCUUUCAAUAUAGAUACAUAUUUUCUUCAAAAUGCUAGAACUUGCACAAAGGAACUUAAUUCCAAGCCUCCCAGAUGAGCUUGCCAUGGAAUGUUUAAUAAGAGUCCCUUACAAAUUCCAUUCCGAUAUGAAAUCAGUUUGCCAUACUUGGCAAAACUUGCUCUCUAGUCGUUCAUUUUAUCAACAAAGAAUCAAAUCCGGCACUGCUGAACAACUUGUCUGCCAAAUCCAGCCUCUCCCUUCUCCAGCUCCACCCUCACAGCAGGAAAAAGAAGAUUCAACUCUUGUUGUUUCUGAGUUUCCAAGAGUCGGAAACGUCAAGAAAGAAGAUGAAGACCAACAACAACAACAAAUACAAGAAAUUAGCAACACCCCACUUCAAUAUGGGCUCAGUAUCUACAACUGCAACAAUCAAACCUGGCAAAGGAUCAGACCAAACAUUGGUUCAGGUAAUAAUAAAACAUGGGGAGUUCCAAUGUUUUGUCAGUGUAUAUCACUUCAAUCUUGUGGAAAGUUGUUGCUUUUAGGUGGUUGGGACCCUACCACACUUGAACCAGUUCCUGAUGUGUAUGUUCUUGACAUGGUUAAAGGCCCCAGCUGGAGGCGUGCGGCCCCUAUGUUAGUUGCGCGUUCUUUCUUUGCAUGUGCAGUGGUUGGAGGGAGUCAAGUUUAUGUGGCGGGAGGGCAUGACAAUCAGAAGAAUGCUUUGAAAUCGGCAGAAGUUUAUGAUGUUAAGGCUGAUGAGUGGAGGAUGUUGCCUGAGAUGGAAGAAGAGAGAGAUGAAUGUCAAGGGAUGUGUUGGGAUGGUGAUGAUAGGUUUUGGGUUGUGAGUGGUUAUGGCACUGAAAGUCAAGGGAGUUUCAGGAAUGAUGCUGAGUGUUAUGAUCCUGCAACUGGGAUUUGGUCUAAAGUUGACGGAGUUUGGCCAUUUCCUAGUAUUAGCCCCAGAGGCACCACAACUCCAAUUACUUCUAAUAAUAGUACCAGUCUAAAGCAAUGUCAGUGGCUGUGGUUCUUGUCAAAAGAGCAACAAAUAUUGCAGCAACAACAACAUGGAGGGGUAAAUUCGAUUGCAAAAGAGUGUGAAGCUAAGGAGAAGAAACGGAAAAUGGUGAGUUCAAUUGUUGGACUUCCCAAUACUAUUACUGGGACAUCUCCGUGUAUAAGUGUGACAGGACUUGGAGAUUGUGCCAUAGUUAAUAAUAGUUGUCAGCAGAAGGUGUUUGUGAUGACUGGAAAUGGAAGUAGAGGAUCAUCAUCAUCAACUGAAUCAACAUGCAGUGAAUGCGAAGGAGAAGGGGCUUUCAUAGUGGAAAGAGAUAAUAAGAAUGGUAACACAAAGUGGACUCAUGUGCACAUGCCUGCUGACUUUUCUGGCUUCCCAUACUCUGCCUCUCACAUCCUUAUCUAAGAAAGAAACUUGAGGUUUUUUGUCUUGUUCUUAUCACCAUGAAUUAAGUUAGAUUGAGAGAGAGUUAAGUUAGACUAGCUGUUAAAUGUAACAUAUGGGUGUUUUCAUUAGAGAUGAGAUGUAUUAUGGGUUAAAGUUUUGUGCUUUUUGGGUACUGAGGUAUAAUAGAUGGAGAUGGGGCCUCUAUCGGCACUUUUUCUUAUCAAUUAUUGAGCCAGGUAGUUGACCGUUGUCAGUUUGGUGAUCUAUAAUUAUCUAUUAGAAUGAGCUUACACAAAUUCUGGGUCAAGCGGCCUUGUGCUAAACAUCUUUAGUUUUGUGUAGAAAAUAAUCUUUUGGCCAAGAAUAGUACCAACCUUUGAUUGA